AUGGCACUGCCUGCCACUAUGAAUGUUUUAGGACUGAUUCUUGAUAUUGCACUCAUAGUUUUUGUUGGAGUUCUCACAGAGUUUUCUGUAGGCAUGUUGUUACGGUUCAGUAAGGCCGGUGGUGGGGUUUCCUACGGAGGCAAUAUGGGGGAUGCAUUUGGAAAUGUUGGAAGGAGAACUUUAGAAUUUGUUGAUGGAUGUUUUGGAGAACACUGGUGGAAUGGGCAUUCAUUUGUUGUUCUUGUGACAAUUCUUGUUGUGCUUGCCCCAUUGACAUCUUUCAAGCGGAUGGAUUCUUUAAGAUACAUCUAUGCUUUAGUAGUUAUCUUGGCAUUUGAUUUCCUUGCCAUAACUAUACGCGUCACUGUUUUUUUAAAAUUGGUGAAAGGUUCUAAUGGGAUGCCCAGAUUGCUUCUCGAUAUUACUGAUAUUAAUUCAGUCUCGAAACUCUUCACCGUCGUCCCUAUUCCUGUGACGUACGUCUACCAUUUUAAUGGUAAAGCAAUCUUACACGCACCUUCAUAUGUUACUUGGACAUUUCCAUGA